AUGACACGAAGAACGUCUGUUGCUUUUGCUCGACAGUCAACAACUAUUCCACAAUCAACGCCUAUACUCGAAAUAGAUGAUAAUGAAAAACAAAAAAUUUUAACAUUAAAAAUUGAUCGUUUUGUUAAUGAAUUAAUUGAUAAAAUUCGUAUCUAUAAUCCACAACUUGAUCUUGAAUUAUACAUUGUGAAUAAUUUACAAUUAGAAACGAAUAGAACGAUAACAAAUGUACAAUAUUUUCUUAUAUGGAAAAAUAUUAGUGUAAAAUUAAAGCAUCAUUCAAAGUCAUUCAAACUUAUUCAUGAUGAUGCAUCUAUGCAUGCAUUAAUUCAGAUGUCUCGACCUCUACCAAUGAAAUGGUCUCGCAAUGAAAAAGAACGUCUUUGUACAGUUUUUAAUUCAAGAAAAAUGUAUCUUAAUGCGUUAGGAUUUCGUGAUUUAGUAUUUGAGAAUUUAACCAAAGUCGCACCAGAAUUAACUAUUGAUUUUGUUGAUCAUCUAAUCUAUUUUGAUUUAUCAGUGUCAAUAGCUAAUGAUACAGUCACAAAUCUUGUUACACUUGUACCAUGUUUAUCAGUUAAUGAUUUUAAAUUUAAUAUUGAUAAAUUUGAGCAAUCUAAAUUAUUAUAUGAAUUAAGUAGAUCAUUGAAUAUUCAAGAUGUUGUAACAAUGUUAAAAGAUGAUAUGUGUUUAAACAAUACAGUUUUAUUAGUACCAUCUGGUAAUCUCAGAUGGUAUCCACGAUUUGUUACAUUAGAACAAUUUAUAUUAAAACGAAUACGUGAAUCUCAAUUGAAUAUAAUAUUUACACAGAUAAAUAGUCGUUUCAACUUAAUUCAGUCAUAUUUAAGACAUCAAUUGAGUUCAAAACGCUAUUUUACGGAACAUCAUUCAAAUGCUGUGACACCUGAAGCUUCAACAUUGUCGUUGAAAGAUCAUGCACCAAAAUUAUCACCAAUUACUCCAUCUAAAAAUGAUUUGAUUCAUUUUGCACGUGUUCGUUUUAAUAUAAAUUGUUCUAAUGUAACAAAUCGUGGAUACCAUCUGA